UCUGCCAGGCACUGAAGUUGAGGAGCAGCGAGCCGCAGCCUGGAGCGUCGCUGCGGACUGCCUCCUGCUCUCAUCUGGGGGGCCAUAAGCCAAGAGGAGCUGAAGUUCUGCAAGACACCGGUCAGCCCUGGGACAGUCCGUUCCCAGAUCUGAGUCAGCUCCUGCGGGGACAGUCUCUGGAUAGAGCGUGCAUGCUAGCGGGUCCUGGGCAAGCAGCUCUUUUAGGAGGCUACCACUGGGAAAGCCUCCUCUUCAGUGGUGAGGUCACAGCCCCUUCGGAGCACUCCCUCUUCCAACCCCUCUUGCUCCUACGCCUCCUUCAUCCUGGGGAAACAAGGCACGCAGAAGGCUGAGAAUGAGGAGGUUGCGGAGGGUAAAGUAGACUCGCAUAACGGUCUGGAAAAUGAGGCCCACUCCCCUGCUGCCGCUGGCGCUGCUGCUCGCCCUGCCCAGGAGUCUGAGGGGAAAGGGGUGUCAAUCUCCGCCCUGCGAGUGCCACCAGGAGGACGACUUCAGAGUCACCUGCAAGGAUAUCCACCGCAUCCCCAGCCUUCCGCCAGAUACGCAGACUCUGAAGCUUACAGAGACUCAUCUGAAAAUCAUUCCCAGUCAUGCAUUUUCAAAUCUGCCUAAUAUUUCCAGGAUCUACUUAUCAAUAGAUGCAACUCUGCAGCGGCUGGAAUCAUAUUCCUUCUACAAUUUGAGUAAAAUGACUCACAUAGAGAUUCGGAAUACCAGAAGCUUAACUUACAUAGACGGUGAUGCCUUAAGAGAGCUCCCACUUCUGAAGUUCCUUGGAAUUUUCAACACUGGACUUAGAGUAUUUCCUGACCUGACCAACGUUUAUUCCACCGAUGUAUUCUUUAUACUUGAAAUUACAGACAACCCUUAUAUGACUUCAGUCCCUGCGAAUGCCUUUCAGGGACUGUGCAAUGAAACCAUGACACUGAAACUAUAUAACAAUGGCUUUACUUCAAUCCAAGGACACGCUUUCAAUGGGACAAAGCUGGAUGCUGUCUACCUGAACAAGAAUAAACACCUGACAGUUAUUGACAAAGAUGCAUUUGGAGGAGUGUACAGUGGUCCAACCUUGCUGGAUGUCUCUUAUACUAGCAUUACUGCCCUGCCAUCCAAAGGCCUGGAGCACCUGAAGGAGCUGAUAGCAAGGAACACGUGGACCCUAAAGAAACUCCCACUUUCCUUGAGUUUCCUUCACCUCACUCGGGCUGACCUUUCAUACCCAAGCCACUGCUGUGCUUUUAAGAAUCAGAAGAAAAUCAGAGGAAUCCUUGAGUCCUUAAUGUGCAACGAGAGCAGUAUUCGGAGCUUGCGUCGGAGAAAAUCUGUGAAUGCCUUGAAUGGCCCCUUCUACCAGGACUAUGAGGAGGUUCCAGGUGACAGCAGUGCUGGGGACAAGGAAAACUCCAAGUUCCAGGAUACCCACAGCAACUCUCAUUAUUACGUCUUCUUUGAAGAGCAAGAGGAUGAGAUCAUUGGUUUUGGUCAGGAGCUCAAAAACCCACAGGAAGACACCCUCCAGGCCUUUGACAGCCAUUAUGACUACACUGUAUGUGGCAGCAGUGAAGACAUGGUGUGCACCCCCAAAUCGGAUGAGUUCAACCCCUGUGAAGACAUAAUGGGCUACAAGUUCCUGAGAAUUGUGGUGUGGUUUGUUAGUCUGCUGGCUCUUCUGGGCAAUGUCUUUGUCCUGUUUAUCCUCCUCACCAGUCACUACAAAUUGACCGUCCCACGCUUUCUCAUGUGCAACUUGGCCUUUGCGGACUUCUGCAUGGGGAUGUAUCUGCUCCUUAUCGCCUCCGUAGACCUCUAUACUCACUCCGAGUACUACAACCACGCCAUCGACUGGCAGACGGGCCCUGGGUGCAACACAGCUGGAUUUUUCACCGUCUUUGCCAGCGAGUUGUCAGUGUACACACUGACGGUCAUUACCCUGGAGCGCUGGUAUGCCAUCACCUUUGCCAUGCGCCUGGACCGGAAGAUCCGCCUCAGGCAUGCGUAUGCCAUCAUGGUGGGGGGCUGGGUUUGCUGCUUCCUGCUCGCCCUGCUCCCUUUGGUGGGAAUAAGUAGUUACGCCAAGGUUAGCAUCUGCCUGCCCAUGGACACGGAGACUCCUCUUGCUCUGACCUAUGUUGUCCUUGUUCUGUUGCUCAACAUAGUCGCCUUCAUCAUUGUCUGCUCCUGUUACGUGAAGAUCUACAUCACAGUUCGCAAUCCCCAGUAUAACCCAGGGGACAAAGACACCAAAAUUGCCAAGAGGAUGGCUGUGUUAAUCUUCACCGACUUCAUGUGCAUGGCCCCAAUCUCAUUCUAUGCUCUUUCGGCCCUUCUGAACAAGCCUCUCAUCACCGUUUCCAACUCCAAAAUCUUACUGGUCCUCUUCUAUCCACUUAACUCCUGUGCCAAUCCAUUCCUCUAUGCUAUUUUCACCAAGGCCUUCCAGAGGGAUAUGUUCAUCCUGCUCAGCAAGUUUGGCAUCUGUAAACGCCAGGCUCAAGCCUACCGGGACCAGAGAGUCUCUCCUAAGAACAGCACUGGUAUUCAGGUCCGAAAGUUUAGCCGGGACAUGAGACAAAGUCUCCCCAACAUGCAGGAUGACUAUGAACUGCUUGAAAACUCUCAUCUAACCCCAAAUAAGCAGGGUCAAAUUUCAGAAGGAUAUAAGCAGACAGUUUUGUAAGCAGCCCUACCUUAUUGCAGAGGUGGUAGGAGGACUUACAGAAGGCUGAUUUCUUGAAUAUACAUUCCAACCUAUGACACACACAAUGCACAGCUGACAUAACAUUUGCACAAGUAACGUUUUAUGGGCCAAAGUUUCAUCACUGCUUCUAAUUAUUGCUUCUGAGAAGUGUUGUUACUGCAUAUCUGAAGCCCCAAUGAUACCAAAAUAAUCUAUACUCCUGUAAGACUUGCUUGAUGACUAAGUCUGGAGAUGACGUUGUGUA